CCCGCCCAUACAAAUAUGAGUAAUAUAAAACUCGAUUUUGAACCGCAAACGUUUCAGAACGUUCGCGACUUUAAAAGCGACAACAUGAAGUGUUUGGUUUUUGCGUACGUUUCGUUGGUUUUUUUGAUAAAAUUGGUCUUUUGCGAUGGCGGAACGAACCAAAUCGAUAAAAUAAUCGAUUUAACUUGGGCCGUCGAUGUUAACCCAAUUUCUUGGCCGAAUAAUAAGAAGUUUAUGUAUACGAGACAAGUUGAGAAACAAAAUGAAGAUGGAAGUUGGUACGCCACGAAUGAGUAUUGCUCCGGAGAGCACGGAGGGACUCAUUUAGAUGCUCCUUAUCAUUUUUAUCAACAAGGAUGGAAAGUUGAUGAUAUUCCCAUUGAAAGAUUUUUCGUUCAAGGUGUUCUUGUCGAUAUCUCGCAAGAAGUUAAUGAUACGGGGAGAUCGACUCAAUUAACUAUCGACCAUUUAGAUAAAUGGAUAAAAGAACACGGUUCUUUACCGAAUAAUACUGUUAUGUUAAUCAGAUAUGGGUGGUCGCAGUAUUAUUCAGACUAUGAUGCUUAUAUGGGUGAAGGAGCAACGCCAAAUUUUCCUGGUAUGACACCCGAAGCAGCUCGUUGGCUUGUAGACUCCAAAAGAAUUAUUGGCGUAGGUGUUGACACAGCAAGUUUAGAUCAAGGUAACAGCACAACGUUCGACGUUCAUAAAAUUUUGUGUUCUCAUCAAAUUUAUGGAUUGGAGAAUUUGAAUAUUCCCGAAGAUUUACCAGCUAAAGGAUUUUCUUUGGUUAUUUUACCAAUGAAGUUAAAACAUGGAACUGGAGCCGCGGCUAGAGUAAUCGCUGUGCCAAAAUCAAUGGCUAAUUGGUAAAUGUUUAAAUUAACAAUUUUUAUUAUAUAAAAAUAGUAUUCGUUCUUGAUGUAUAAAUAAAUGUUUAAUUAAACUUUGUAAGUUAGAAUAAAUAAAAAUAAAUAAUAUUCUGUUGCCUUAAAUUUCUUC